CUCUCAUACUCAGAGCCUUCCUCUCUCUCUCUCUCUUUGCUCCUCAUUAAUCUCUCUGUUUAUCUUCUUCUUGUAGUUUACCAUUUUACGUUCUAUCUCUCUAUUUUUUCUCUUCACUCUCUGUCUUCUUUUCUCUUCCUUACUCUGUUUCUCUCUCUAACGGCGGACUGAUGCACAGAGCUUUGGAAUCUCCGCCGUGAUAUAAAUGGGGUGCAUGUUCUCUCACCUCGCCGCCAAAUUCGCCUUUUUCCCUCCCUCUCCUCCCACCUACCACCUCACCAAAACCCCUGACGGAAAACUCUCCGCCGUCUCCUCCUCCGCUUCCUCCUCCUCCUCCACUUUUCCCGCCGCCGGAGACACGUCUCUCGACGUGAGAGUGGUGAAGACGAGACGCGGGAACAAAGUCGCAGCUUUUUACCUGAGAAACCCAAACGCGAGACUCACACUUCUCUAUUCCCAUGGAAAUGCCGCAGAUUUGGGACAACUCUUCGAUCUCUUCGUUCAACUCAAAGUCAAUCUCCGAGUCAAUCUCAUGGGGUAUGAUUAUUCAGGCUACGGAGCCUCUACCGGUAAGCCGAGUGAGUAUGAUACAUAUGCGGAUAUAGAGGCGGUUUACGAAUGUUUGCAAACCGAAUAUGGGGUUGAUCAAGAGGAUUUGAUCUUGUAUGGUCAAUCCGUUGGUAGUGGACCGACGUUGCAUCUUGCAUCUAAGCUUCCUCGGCUUAGAGGUGUGGUUCUUCAUAGUGGCAUUCUCUCUGGUCUUCGUGUUCUAUGUCAUGUCAAGUUCAAGUUUUGCUGUGACAUUUACUCGAACGUAAACAAGAUCAAGAAAGUGAAAUGUCCGGUUCUUGUCAUACACGGAACAGAGGAUGAUGUGGUGAAUUGGCUACACGGAAACAGGCUUUGGAAAAUGGCCAAAGAACCGUAUGAGCCGCUUUGGAUCAAAGGAGGUGGACACUGCAACCUCGAGAUCUAUCCGGACUACAUUAGACAUCUCUACCGGUUUAUACAAGACAUGGAGAACACAACCACCAAGUCUCGUCUCAAGAAGAUUUGGCAAGAAAUCAAUAGACGAGACGAAUCCAGAGGAUGUUGUAGUAGUUUUGGACUGUGCAGACCAAAAUGCCCUCGGUGUCCUAAGCCUAGUUGCGAUUGUUUCGGCGAAUGCGAGGGAUGUUGCAAGUGUUCGUGUCCGUCGUUGAAAGGAUGUUUCUCUUGCUGCAAGAAACCGAGCUGCGUUGGUUGUUGGUGUCCCAAGUUCAAAUGCUGCUGCAGCUGCUUUGGGAAGAAGAAGCCCAAGUGUCCGAAAUGCGCUUGUUGGAAAUGUCUAAAAUGCCCCGAGUUUGAGUGUUGUUGUCGGAGUUGUUGCUGCUGUGCCGGUUGUUUUAGCUGGCUGUGUUGCUGCGGCGGAGGGAGGAGGAAGGAGGAGGAGAGGAGAGGAGAAAUCACGGUGGCGAAGAGUGAAGGGUAAUAUUGAGUUUUUCGAUAUUCUUGUAUAGAUUUUGGUUCAAAGAUUCGGUUAAAACAUUAGAGGAGAUUCAUGAGAACAAGAGACUGAGA